CUGUUGUUUGGCUCUUGAUGGCACCAAUUUCAAAGAUUCCAGCAGUGAUUUUCUGGCCAACGUGGAAGUAAUUGACAUGAGACUGAGUAAAUCAUUUAGCAACGGAAAUGUAAAUGUCUGAUUAAAAGUGGUGAUUCAAAGUUUCCUUCCGUAGAAUUAUGUCACAGAAUCGUAUAUGGUGAUAUAUCUAGAAACAAAUAUGGAAAAGAAAACUCAACCAAAAGUGUCAAAGAGGGGUCUCCCUGUCCAAAAACCAAAGGUUUGUCGACCUAAGGUAACGGGAGUGAAGUCUCGAGUCAAAGCUCCUCCCUUGAAACAAAAAACUGCUGUCGCAAUAAUGAAGAACCAGGUGAAGACUCACCCAGCUCCGAUUCCAGAGCCUGGGUUUGCCAUGUAUUCAACUGAUUUGGAGGAAGCAUUUUCUUUUUGCAAUGAAAAAACUACAUGUGCUAAAGUCCUUACCAUGCUUCGAAAUAAGCACAAAGCCGAUCCUGGUAACAGGAAGCCGGUAGGAUGUUCCAGCACCAAACAAGGAAAUCCACCUGUCACCUCAGCUGGGGACGGCUGUAAACUAGGAGGCGACCACCCUGCACAUCCACCUAUAGUCAUUCCUUGUGUAACUAACGAUGAUGACCAGCCCGGUCCUGUGACAGCCUUUUCUGUUCUGAGUGGCGGGAACACUCCCUUUAAUGACCGACUGGCAUCGUCCACACCGGACCCUGAUCGGCCCCAGAUCAUACCAGAGAGGGACACCAAUUCUACCCAGAAGGUCCCCUUUAGGGAUUACACAAUGGGGACUACUAAAAUGGACAUUCAAAAGGAGCGCUAUUUUCCAGGGAUGAACAGCCAACUAUUUAGUAGUCAUGGUUACAAAUCAGUUAUGCCCCCUGGUGGAGGUGGUGUGUCCAUCUCCCCAAGUCAGGGUUUCGUCAGUACCAAUAACGGACAGGAUAUGCCCAAUAGUUGGGAUAAACGUGAAAGUGACAUUGGGGCAUUUCAGGCCUAUAUUGCAAGGGAGUCAACAGGAUUUUCAACUUCUCCGGUUAAUGUCGCUGGACAUGCACCAGAGCAUGUUGUGGCAGCACAGGGGAAAAAUCAGUCGGGAAGUUCGGUGAUAAAAGUUCAGUUCUCCACAGUUCCUCAGAACACAGGCAACAGUAGUGGUACUGAGUAUAUAUACCUACCACAGCCAGUGGGUACUGUAGAUUCACAGGAACGCCAGAUCCCACCAGGAUUUCAGUAUCAAAAUGGUCUAUACCAGAUUCGUCCACACGGCCCCAUGACAGCAGGAGCCCCGGGCGAGGAGAGACAGAUUCAUAAUGCUCAUCUCAUCCCUGUUUACUCCACACAUCCACCAGAGAGUAUAGGGUUGGAUCAGGGACCUCAUAAAAACUUUGUUUGGGAAAUACCAGAAAGAGACAACGGACCAAUGAAAUCUCCCAGACAAGGUCAUGUGAUCAGAGAUGCUGUUCCAGAUACCAUAUCAACCAUUGAUGGUUCUGUGUCUGGUGCAAACACAUUUGAAGCUCUCACUCCUCGUAGCACAGUCAGUGAAAGCACCAACCCAUUGCCCUCUGUAAGCGAGCCAAAAAGUUUAAAGAAAAAGUCUAAAGUCGCAAGUUCAAAACCUAGACAGAAUAUCAAAGGUAAAAAGCAAAACUCUUCAUCAAAUGAUGGCACUGAAAACAAAACUGGUUCCUUUCAAACGCAGACUUCUCAGAUCAGUGCAGAAAGCACAGCAGCAUCACAAGGCGUAUCUUCAACCGGGACACUCUACCACCUAAUUCACACAGACAAAGGCAAGGAGCUGGUUCCAGUGUCCUUGGUGCACUACCCAAGCUUCGUGAAUAUCCCUGGGGGAGUACAUCAUGAUAGCAAAGGUCAAGGUCACAGUACAGGUGGUCAAGGUCAAGGUGAGGGAAAUUUUGAGCGACCUGUUGCUGUGUCUGUGAUGACAAAUGAGGCUGACUUAGCCAGCCUUAAACACCAAAGUCUGAGCUCUGCUGUAAAUAAUGAGGAACAGUCUGGUAGCUACGCUAACCCUAACCCCUGGAGUGGAGUCAGAUUGGACGCUGGAAUGAAGAGAGUCCGGUACUUACUUGGGGAGAUGAAAGAAUGUGGUAAAAUUAAUAAGGAUGUAGAGAUCGGUCGUCUGGCAAGAGAAGUUGAGAAGUCCCUGGAUUCAAUCCCCCAACUUAGUGCUACUUUUAGUCUCCAGGCUGAGGUAGAUUUAUCUCUUCAGCCUCUACGUAAUGAGAACGCACAACUACGCAGGAAACUUCGACUGGCAAAUCAAAACAUGAGGGAGUAUGAACAUGAAAAGGAGAAGGCAACAACAGGUGUGGAUUUUGAUGUGCUACACCUACAGGCCAGUAACUCAGGACUACAACGCCAGGUCAAAGAGGAAAUGGAGGAUAAGGUUAAACUAGCCGCGGAGGUGGCGAAUCAACACAAUGAGAUACAGAGGAUGAAAGUGGAGAAAAACAAACUGCUGGCUGCUCUCAGUGAAAAGGAAACAGAUGAGUUGAAAGUCAAACAGGAGUGCCUGAUGGACGCCCAGAAAUUCCGAAAGGAGGUAGAGGCCAUGAACCGCCAGAUUGAGGCCAUUCAGCUUCAACAAGAGGCGUCGGACCAGGAGAACCACAUCCUUCAGGUAUCACUACAGCAGAGGGACACAGAAAUCAGCAGACUACAGGAAAUGGUCCAGGACAUGAAGAGCAGCGUGUCUGAGUUGAUACAGGAGUUGGACCAGGCAGGUGACAACAGUAUCCUCAGUAACAAUAGCUACAGAUUUCAAAAGCUGCUGCAAGUCCUCGGAGGGGAACCACAAACAUCAAGUCAUACUUUUAAAAUCUUGAAAGGAAAAAGAACUAACCUUGUUGGAAGAGAAGAGUUCAUUUCCUUGUUUGAGACAAAGAAGGAAGACUUUUCCACCAGUGACAAACACAACACUGCCUCCCAAAGGAAUCCUGUCACCAGCCCGGCCUCAGCAUACACAGAAAUUCAGUGGGACAUAGCAGGUCCUGUUAGUGGGACUCGAGGUCCAGUGAAGACUCUUAGAUUUGAUCCCAGAGAAAUUGAGAGCAGUGAAGAAUACCAGCCAUCUACUAAACUGACAGAGCAGGCACUGGCUAGUCACAACAGGUCCCUGGGGCAGGAAAACAAGGGACAUAACUAUGACACAAAAAGGGAAUUCACUGGGAAUGCAUAUGUAGGAACUCAAGAGAGAGUGUUACCACGGCAACGCAGACGGAGCAGUUCUCCUCAUGGACGCCGAGAGUCAAAUGAAGGUCGCCACAGACGGGCCUUGAGUUCAUCUCCACGUCAAGUUGAACGAAUGUCUCUGAUUGACUCGGAGGUGAUGGACAGGUCAUUAGUGAAUACCGGUCAAGGGCGGAUAAAUACUUUACAUGAUGAUAGAGAAGCAGAGAGACAUGGUCCGCAGAAUAGAGUUGGCUAUCUCAGAGAUAAUUCAGGAAUUAAGGCGUGGGGCCAGCAAGUGAACUUUGAAUCUAAUCGUUCUGAUGCUGAACAGUCCCGGUAUAGUGUUACAGAUUACUUCAAAAAGUAUCAAACUUCUUCAGCUAAUGAUGAUAGCUACAAGGGGCUACCCAGUCGGCCAUGGUCCACACAUCAGCGAACAUUGAGUCAACCAGCACGACUGAUGUUAAAUAAGACUAAUGAAACUCCUAUUGACUACAGUGCUUCUAGAUUUACAAACUCUCGGAAUACAGAUUCAAACUUUAAACAGGGACAUUCCACAGCAUAUGGCAGCUACCCACGAUCAAAACCUGAUUCCCAGCAGCAGGCUGUCCAGGAUAGGGAGUACCAGGGAGGUACGAUGGAUAACUCCAUCAGUGCUAUAGAUGAUGAUAAUUUCUCUAGUGUUUCUGGUUCAGGGAAAACCUCAUCAUCAACUAUCACAGACAAAACCUUCCGCAAGGGCAUAGCCACUUUAGAUGCAAAUAUAUUGAAGUUACAGUUAGCUUUACAAAGGACUAAAAGUAUGUUAUCCUGAACAUCCAGGAAUAUGUCGGACUGGAUGUGAACUUAUAUAAUUAAUGUACGGGAUUCCACACAUGCUUAGGAUUCUUUAGUAUA